AUGAAGAUCCUCACCAAGGAAGAAGAGGCGGCCCAUUACGCCGUCGUCGUCAAGGGCGGCCUUAUCGGAGGUACCCUGGGCCUCGCCCUCGGUGUCGGCGGUGUCAUGUUCGCCUCGCGCCGCUAUCCUGCCUUCCGCGGCCUCACCAUCCCCUUCCGAACCUUCCUCGUCACGUCAACAGGCACCUUUGGCGCCAUUGUCAACGCCGAUCGCUGGUCCAUCCACCACCAGCAGUCGAUGAACCCCAUGUACGGCUACAAGGACGCCACCCAGCGCGCACAGGAAAUGAGGCGUCAGAAUGAGAGCGCGUAUCAGCGCUUCAUGGAGUACGGCAAGGAGAACCGAUACUCCAUCGUCUUCGUCUCGUGGCUUGCCAGCAUGGGUGUCGCCUUUGCCCUCGUCAGCCGCUCGCCCAUGAACACCGCCAACAAGGUCGUCCAGGCCCGUGUGUACGCCCAGGGCCUCACACUUGCCGUUCUCAUCAUCUCCGCCGCCUUCGAGAUGAACGAUGCCAAGAAGGGCUCCGGCCGCUGGCAGACCGUCAUGGUGCUCGACCCCGAUGACCCCGAGCACAAGCACAUGAUUGAGAAGAGAAUCCACAAGGAGGAGUACGAGGGCCAAGAUCUCUGGAAGGAUAUGGUUGCUGCUGAGGAGAAGAGAUUGGCUUCCAAGAAGACCUCCGAGAGCAAGAUAUAA